AAAGCGGGAGUCGCCACAUCCGCAUUGUUGACCCUUGCAGCUAGAGAGCUUUGAGCCACAGCUGACGUCGGCUAGCUGCACUGACGUCUUCUCCAACUGUGGCGCUACUAGGAGAGCCAUUUUACGCGAGAACAUCGCCCAUUUACACGCUCCGCGGUUUCGCGACCGCGUCUUUGGCCUAUGACAUUGGCAUGGUCCACUCUCGUCUCGCUUCAACCCCAUCCCAGCCCGGCCUUUUGGCUCCUCUGGCAACCAAACUAAAUCUGCAAUUGGAGCCUCUUCUUUCCACCAUAUUCAAUUUUCGACAUGUUCUGAUCUACGUCUCUGCAAAUCUUCGUCUCAUCAAUUCGUGAACUGUGACCUCUUCGCCACCAUAUAUCGUCAGACCCGACUUCCCAGCCUCUCGCGGCUUCAACAGGGCAUCGUUGCCUGCCAUGUCCUCCGAUGGCCCAGAUACUCUUCCAACGCCUGCGUCAUCGUCACGACCAAAAGGAACACCCUCGAUAACACCUCGUCGCUUUAAUCGCUUCUGGCAACCAAGACAGUUUCAGACUCAGCCGUUGCCAAAGUUUAGAACUGCUCUUGGGAGCUUGGACGAGUCCGAUACUAACCAGCAGCCCAUUUCGCCCCAAUCACUUCUUCAUAGUGAUCCUAUUUUACCUUCUUCUCCAAGUGAUAGAUUCCAGGAUGAAUCACGGAAGAGAAAGCUUCAGGCCGAAGCUUCGGGUGAUGAGGCUGUCUUCAAGAGGCCAACAUUGAACUUGGAUGACAUGCCACCACUUCGAUUCAGUACCACAACUACUUCAAGCAACACACUUCCAGGCAAUGAUAAUGAAAUUCAAAUGUCAGAAAGCCAAAUUAGUCUGGAGAGUCUUGAUAGCUAUAGAAAAGCCACCCUGAGCAAUUUCUUCAAGACCAGCCGUGGAGUUGCUCGAACACUUAAAAAGUCACCUUUUCUCGUUAAUACACCCAGCAUCACCGAGGAACCUCAACCUGAUAACGAGCUAGCCAACUACGCACCUAGGCCAAUCCGAAAAUUCGGCAAUAGAGGCGUUGCAUCACAAUUACUCAACCGAGAGCAUGGACUUGGAUAUUCAACUGGUCAAACAUAUCUUCACACACCAGCAUGCGACCCUCGAGCCGAGACAGCAAGGUUUCACAGCCGCUGCAUCGAUUCUUAUGAAUGUCUAACUCCUAGUGGCAGCCGUACCAUCCCCUUCUGCCUUACAAGCACUCACAAUGCCCCCGUGACGGCUGUCGGUGAUGAAGAAGGUUGUGUUAGGUUCUUCGACACUUCUCCAAACGAUGAUCCCAACGAGGAAAAGGACUUGGGUGUUCACUCGGUUCAUGACAAUGCCAUCUGGGAUAUGGACUUUUCCCAAGAUGAUAUGCGUCUUGCGACUACAGCUGGUGAUGCAGCUCUGAUUAUGGAUGUUACGACCAAGUCUAUUGCUGCUAGACUCGCAGAUGGUCAUUAUAACUCGACCCGACAGAUCGCUUGGCAGAAGGGCCAAUCUAUUGGCAACGUAUUGACAACAUCAGACAAGGCUGGUCGAAUUCGUCUAUGGGAUUUGAGAUGCCCUCAUUCUCAUGUGAGAAGUUUCUCAACGAUCAGUAGCAGCGAGACAGGUCGUCGAACCGUCACUGUUCGAGAUGAGACCAUUAGACCAUUCCAGGCCUCGACCGUGAACACUCUUGACAACACCCAUGAGCGUACUGCCCAUGGUAAGACCUCUCCUGCUUCCGUUACUGCAAUCCAAUGGCUUCCCGCUGGUCGAGAACAUCUUUUACUCUCCGCUUCUGAGGCCGAAGCUGUUGUCAAGCUCUGGGAUCUUCGGUACAUCAACCGUCGUCACCAAGACAAGAGCACACCUCUCUCAGCUACCACCGUCCCCUCCAACCACGCCUGGCGUUCAUAUGGUAUCACCUCUCUGUCUCUCAGCAGUGAUGCCGCCCGUAUGUACGCAGUGUGCAAAGAUAACACCAUAUACGCUUACUCCAUGUCUCAUCUCAUGCUUGGUCACGCUCCUGAGCUCAAAGACCUCGCCACUAAGAGGAGACCCAUCGCAGCCCAAGGCCUAGGACCUCUUUAUGGUUUCAAGCAUGACUCUUUCGCAGCACGAACAUUUUUUGUCAAGUGCAGAAUGCGACCCAAGGGCCUCUCCCACUCAUCCGACCUCCUUGCAGUGGGUAGCUCUGAGUCUUCAAUCGUGCUCUUCCCCACAGACGAGCGAUAUCUUCGAUCUGCUUGUGCCCAGCGCGCUCACCUCCUUGAUCCACCUGGAUCUGCACCUACACCCUCCCGCUCAUUCUCAUCUGCCGCAGGCGCUGAACCCACCUCGUCCACAAUCCCCAUCUUCCGCAAUGGCACAGCUCUCGUCCAUGGCCAUCAACGUGAAGUUUCAAAUGUCAGCUGGAGUUACGAUGGCAAAUUAGUCAGCGCGUCUGACGAUUCUAUCGUACGUCAGUGGCAGGAGGAUGAAGGUCGGGCUCGGUACUUCAGACAAAUCGGAGAUUUUGGUGGUGAGCGAUACAUGGCGGGCUGGGCUGAUGUGGGCAGUGACUGGGAUGAUGAAGAUGAUGAGUAACGAGUUGAUAGCAUGUUGCAGUAGCGCAUAGCGUUUCUUUGAUAUUAUACGAUACCCUUCAGCCAACAUGGGCGUUUCAAACAUGUAUGUUAGUUAGCAGAGCUCUCCACAGAGACUCGAGCACACAAGCGGGUUCAUAAAGGGCAUUUACAGAUAGCAUUCACGAGGAAUGACAGUUUAAAAAGGGAGCAUUCACGAAUUGGAAUCACAGUAUAAUCUUGUUCAAGGAUAUAUCGUUUAGGUAUUUGUGACGUAAACUGGCUAUCUCUGAAUCUAGUGUCGUAAUCGUUUCUUUGUAGAACGCUGAAAGACCGUGAACGGGUAUCGAGUACAAUCGUAUGCGUGUGCUCUAGGUAUAAAAAUGCAACCAAUUCCAGGUAUAGACGUGCUUCUCCCCAAUGAGGGUUAUCCUGAAUGCUUCAACUCCAUAAAACGCCAAACAAAUUGCAAUCGCUGUCGGGAACAACUUUUCCUCUCAUGCUUCAAUAAUCAUUACUCCGCGGCCACGCCUAGCAGAGCAUAAUGCUCCCAGCAGGAUAACACCAACGGUCAAUACUAUCAACCAGUUGAAGAGGCUCAUGCUAUCAAACUUCUUGGAGGCGACUUGAAGACAAUCUUUCAACUCGUGCUCGGUCGUGUUUGUUUUGGCUGGCAGGCGCAUUGGUCGCGGCAAGGUCUUGUCGAAUCUCAUAGACUUGGAAAAGGCUGGACAGAGUUCAAUGGCUGCAGCAUCAUCCUUGGAGAGACCAGGAUGGCCGAUCGGGAGCUUAAUCCCACUCUCUGGCUCCACUGUCGAUGCGGUUGCACUGUAGUUCCAGAUCUUCCAGACUAAUUUAGUGCCGCUUGGUGCAAGCUUUGUAGAUCGCUGAAUUCUGUCUCUUGCGAUAGAAACACUAUCUCUGAGACGAGAGCGAAACGGGUGCAGUUGAUCGACCAAGUCAAGCAGUGAUGAGGUCGUACUGCCGCCACUUUCUUUGCGCGCUGGGGCAUCACAGACCAUGUCGAGCUGCUGAACCAAAAGUGUCAUGUUGUCGAAAAUGCAAAUCGACUCUUGAACGAUAUCCUGCUUCUCGCGUGCUGUGAGCUGCCCCUCCAUGCUAGCGAGUCGUCGCUUAAAUUCCCGUUUCAAAUCUUCCCCGUCCUCAGGAGUCUGGAAGUGGAAAAAUCGGAGAGGCAUCGUGUGAGUCGCAUGGCGGUGAAAGUCGUCUAUUGGGAUCUCUUCGUCGGACAAACCACUUGCACGCUUAGUUGGCCUUGAUCUCUCUUCACAGGGGAGACGGUUUGGCUGAACUGGCGAAGGUAACCGGUCCCAAAAAUCGUCUCCAGCUGAUUCGAGUGUAGCUCUGAUAAAACGGCCACCAGCAAAGAGUGCCAUGAACAAGAUAUAGGAAUAUGCCAUCAGCACAUGAGGCCUAUGUUGGACAGUUCUUUUGAUGUGCUGUAUAAAUUCCCCCAAUCGACCAUUUUCUUCGACAAGCCGUAACUGUUCUUCAACAGUAUCGUUGGACCACCCCGCCAAAUUGGCAAUGUCAGCCUUUAGACGAUCUGAACGCAUUAACCCCGGGAGAAACAUUUGUUGGAGUAUCGAUUGCAUCCUGCUGCAACUUGACAGCUCGUGAAGAUCGGAGGCUGGGAAUGCAGUUUCUGCUGAGUUUGGUGGAGUUUCCAGCUCACAGGUCUCGCCGGCCUCUCCGGGCAAAUCUACAGGCAAGCCCGACUCGAGUAUGUCGCGCCACAGCGUCUCAAAGGCGACAUAAAUAGGUGUAACGUGGAGUAAGCCAGUGAUAUAAGCGGAUGAAUCGGUAGCAAGAGGAGGCAACGCAAGCGGUAGCCGGGCGAUAAUAAGUUUGUUAAGCUUUGCGUGCACCGAUCUUGUAGCAAUGGCGACAGACUCGGCUAAGGAGAGGUCAUGUUGGCGAUGUUGAGGUUGGGGUUGGGGUUGAGAGUCGGACGCAGGUUGAGGCUGAGGAUGUUGUGAGACGUCGGCUCGAAGCGAAGCCAUCUCCGUUGGAGUUGACUGGGUUGUUUGGCCACCCUCAGGCCUGGACUUCAAGUAGAGGAUUGGUUUUUUAUUGCAGGUUGAGGUUUAGGUUAUUGGUGUGCGACGAAGAUAGUAGUACUUGGUUGUCAAGGUUGAGGUAGGGGCAGAAAAUAUUCCAGAUAAAGAGUGAGGAAGACAAGAUGAUGAGGACUAGGGUCGAGCCGGAAAUAGGUCAAUUCAGGUUAGGCAGAGUGAAUGUAGGGUUAUGAAGGAGGAGGAAGAGUCGAUUUCGGUCUGGCCUGGGUCGAAAUGGAAGAGGACCCUGCAAAUGGAGAUGAAGGAGGCAACAUGAACGAUAUUACAAGCGGAGCAGGAGCAGGUAUGAUGCCAUGCCUUCCUCAUGGAAGAUUUAUGACAAGGGAAUGAUUAAGAGCCUCUAAAAUUCGAGUCAAGUAGUACCUAUUCACC